AGGGACCAGCUGUGAAAGCCCAUGGCAGUAUAAGAAAAAUGAUUAGUGCAUUCGAGGGCGGUCUAAUUCAGGAUGUGAAAUCUUCUACUAAACCACCACCAACAAUAACUCGGACAAGGGAGAUCCCAGUGGAUUCACAUCUUAAUGAUUUCAAGACAGAAAAAGUCAUGCCACCAAUGGUUGAUGCUGAUGCCGGCACUGCUGCUGAGGCAAAUGAAGAUGGGAAGACUUCUGGAAAAUUAAGACCAGGGUCCGAGAAUUCAGAGGUUCCUCCAGACUCUGUAGGACCUUUUGGAAAGGUGAUAAAAGUCAUAAUCAUGGUUGGCUUUGCAACACUGGUUCUCAUAACAAGAAAACGGACCUACAGAUGAAGUAAGCUACCGAUAGAUCUAUGUGAUUAUGCUAAAGUUUGGAGUCACUUGGAUCCUUUAUGUACUUUUUCCUUUUUUAUUUAUUUAUUUUCUAGUUGAUUUAAUCUCCCUCUAGCAAAUCAAAAUGAAUUUUAAUCGAUAUAUUUUUGUAAAAAUUGAUGUAAAUUCUGUUAAUAUUUCAA